AUGCGCGGCAUUGUGCUACAGAUAGGUGUCCUGCUCGUCGCGGCCUCGGUCGCGUCAGCAUGGUCAGGAGGUCAUCCCGCCUCGAUGGGCCAUCACGCAGCGGGCGUGGGGCACCAUCACGACCCGAACUUCCAACCCGACGACCCUCGCUACAAUAACAAUCACUUCCUCUUUCACCAGUCUGGUAACCAGCCGCCGCCUCUUUUUGACGCCGUCGCCGCUGUCGCAGCUGCUUGGGAGAUUCCUGCGUCGGAAGCGCCAAAAGUCGCGUCUGCCGAGGGUACUGCAACGAGCGAAGGAGGAGGAGCAGGAGCAGGAGGAAUGGCCACGAUUGCCGCCGCGGCUGGCGGAGGAGCAACCGGAGGAAACGAUAGGCCUGUGAUUAUAGGUCCAGUAGAUAUCGAGAGUCUUUUUCUCGCGGGAGCGGGCAAUGCGGCGGCAUCUGCGGGGCCGGCAGCGGCGAAGGGACCUCCAGGGCCGUGCUCAAGCCUUAAGAAAGUCUACAUUAUCAACGUGACGAAGGUUUCGCACCUGAGCACGCGAACCAUGCUCCCGCCCACCUCCACUGUUGUUCUCUACCUGAAAAACGACCUGGCGCUGACCAAGGGCCUUCUGUUCAACGCGCCGUACUCGUGCUCGAUUCUGAUGAGCGAGAAGUGGCCGGGGUUUACUAUAUCGAGUACGGACCUGGCGAACCCGGUGAUUCGCGUGUGGAACGCGAACAAUUUCGUGUCGAUGAACGUUAACUACAAACUGCCCGUGACGGAGGGCAGCCCGGAAUGCACGAACGUGCCGGAGCUAGGUUCAGGCGAGACGUGUCCGGCUGUGUCGGUGUACAAGUCAUAUGGAGUGCAGAUCGGCAUGGGCACGGUCUACGGACGAGUGGACGUGCUGAGGAGCAUGGUCGUGCGCAUAGACUCGCUCAAGGUCACGGGAGUGCCUGUCUUCAGCAAGUCGCCCGGCGCCAUCCGCGUUGCAAUGUCGGGCUACGGCCCUGACCUCCUGCGCGCUGGGAUCGUCAUCUCGAGCAACGAGGUCUACGGCGUGGACACCCCGAUCGUGUUGCACAGGGGCGCGGUCGGCAUAACCGUUAACAACAACUUCGUGCACAAUUUCAUUUUCGCGGGCAUUCGGUGCGGCGCGGACGUGCAUUACAGCGGCGACUGCAUGCUGACGCGGAUCAACUGGAACCGCGUGGUGGCUUCGGGGCGGAACACAAACGGGGACCACGACGCGGCGGGGAUCUAUUACUGCACGCACUGGUUCAACCCUGGUAACAGAGCGUUUUGCAACUAUGUAUUUAACGGAGAUCACUGCUAUUAUCUGGACUAUUGCACAUCUGGCGUGCUUGUAAGGGGCGGCGCUUGCAUCAACACGUACGACGGCAUGAAAGUGAAUAACGGCAAGAGAAACGUGAUCAAGCACGUUGCAAUGAAGGGCACGCAGGGAUCGCCUGGUUGGACCACAUGCUUUACAGUCACACUCAACAACUGCCUCAAGGACCCUGGGAGCUACUGGGAGGCCAUGCGCGCCAAAUAUUACAACACACCUGCGAUCAAUGCGAGGUGGCCCUGGAUGCAAAACGUCUGCAAGGAAACUUCUGCUUUUAAUGGAGUGCUGUGUAACCCACCUGGAGAACCGCCUGCUAGUGUCACGGGGGCCUGCAGCGGUUAUGGCACGGAUAACCUAAUUGACCUGAUCACAGUGAACACUUCUGGGAGGGCCCCGGAUUAUAAGUACUGCGAGAAGUACCCCGCUGUGCCGCGACUCAAUAAGGAGCAUAAUAUCCCGUCACAGGGCACCACCCCGAAUCCGUGGGCCAUCACGCAGCGGGCGUGGGUCACCAUCAUCAUUAUCACACCACCAGCCCGCACAACCACUCUUUCCCCCUCCUUCCCCCUCAUCUCCUCCCCCCGUUACAGUCACAGGGCAUCACCCGGCAUCCCCGCAGGAUACCAGCCAUCUAAGUCCCGCCCUCAAGGUGCCUGCUCGUCUCUCAAGAAAGUCUACAUAAUCAACGUGACCUCUGCUGCUGAUUUCGCCGCCCGCGCCUCCCUCCCGCCCACCUCCACCGUUAUUCUGUAUUUACGGAAUGAUUUGACCCUGCCGAAGGGGUUGUUUUUUCGGCGGCAGCAGUCGUGCACGAUACUCAUGUCUUCGAAAUGGCCUGGUUACACGCUCACGGGUGGUGACCCUACGUAUCCGGUGCUGCGCGUGUGGAACACGAAUAACUUCCUGUCGAUGAACGUGAAUUAUUACCUGCCGGUGACGGAGAGCAGUCCGGAAUGCACCACUGUGCCCGAGCUGGGGAAGGGAGUCACGUGCCCCACAAUCUCCAUUCAUCGCUCGUACGGCGUUCAGAUUGGCAAGGGCAACAUCUUUGGGCGGGUGGACGUCUUUAGGAGCAUGGGCGUGCGCCUGGACUCACUCACGGUCACUGGAGUGGCUUCCUUUGACAAGUCGCCUGGGGUGAUCCGAGUGGCCAUGUGUGGGUACGGGCCUGCGCUGCUGCAAGCCAACAUUAUCAUCUCUAACAAUGAAGUGUAUGGCGUGAACACCCCCAUCGUCCUGCACAGGGGAGCGGUCGGUGUUACGGUCACCAACAACUACAUCCACAAUUACAUUUUUGCGGGGAUUCGAUGCGGUGCAGACGUGCAUUACAGCGGUGACUGCAUGCUCACUCGCAUCAACUCGAACCUCGUGAUCUCCUCUGGGAGGAACCUGAACGGGGACCAUGACUCGGCGGGGAUCUACUACUGCACGCACUGGUUCAACCCUGGGAACUCCGCGCUCUGCAAUUAUAUCUUCAAUGGCGAUCACUGUUACUAUCUGGAUUAUUGCACGUCGGGCGUGCUUGUAAGGGGAGGAGCUUGUAUCAACACAUACGAUGGGAUGAAGGUCAACAACGGCAAGAGGAACAUAAUAAGGCACGUGGCAAUGAAGGGCACGCAGGGGUCGCUGGGAUGGACGUCGUGCCUCACAGUGACCAUCAACAACUGCCUCAAGGACCCCGGGAGCUACUGGGAGGCGAUGCGCGUUAAAUACUACAACAGCGACAGGAUCAACCGGCUAUGGCCUUGGAUGCAGGACGUGUGCAAGGAGACAUCAGCCAAUGGCGGUGUGCCAUGUAACCCGCCAGGUCAGCCCGGUGCUGACGUCACCGGAGCAUGCAGCGGCCUGGGAACCGACAAUCUCAUCGAUGUUGUCGCGGUCAACACCACCGAUUACGGCCUUGAUUGGAAAUUCUGCGAUAACUACACCAUUACGGAGCAAUUAAAUACGCAGAUCAACAUAACGCUGGAUCACCCUUAUGCUGCGGGGUUCAGGAAUUACAGGCGGAACGACUUGGGGCUGAAAAAAUCGUCGGUGAUUCUGAAGUACCGCCCGAAUUAUUUGAGCUGCCAGCUGGGGCUCACCGGACCGAGAAAGUUUUCGGAGAAGUCGUUUUAUAGGGGCUUUAACAUUCCCAUGCCAUGGGGUUUCCGGAAGGUUGUUAGGAUGGACACGAAGCAUAUUAUAGACCAGGAUUUGAUUACUUCGGCGGUUAGAGCUCAGAUGAAAGCGGCUGGUGAUGAUGGGGAGUAUUCAUGGCUGGGUAAGCCCUUUCUUGUAGGGAGCUAG